ACAUUAUAGUUUUUAACGGUUCUUAGGCCACGAUAUAGGUUGGAAUAAUAUCGUGUAAGUUUUUUAGUUAGGUAUUUCCCGAACAAAAUGGCGGAUUUAGACGAAAACGCACAGGAUAGUUUGUUGGACGCAGCUCUUCACUCCACAAAGGAUGACGACGCGGUACUGGGGGACAUUUCUGCCGAUCCAACAGUAGACGACUCUUUGGAAGAUCCGGUAAUUCUUGAUUCACUUUUGCUAACGUUUGUGUGUGAUACUUGCUUUAAGCCUAACCUGGUAUAUAUAUUUAGCAUGUUUCGUCUGGAAUGAAAUCAGCGUGGAACAUGAUAACUGACACCUUUUUCAAUUGUUCGAAGGCCGAUUAGCGCUUAACCCAGGGUUAAAUUUAACCCGGGUUUCUUUUUCUGGUAUUCUAAAGCAUUUCUCGAAUAAUUUUCUCUGUUAUUGUUAGAGCUUCCAAUCAUCAACUUGUACACAAAAAGAAUUAAAAGUGAAAUGCUUUCUGAAUUCAAAUCUCGCACUAACCCUGGGUUAUCUUAACCCAGCUUUGAACAACUCUGCCCAAACUCAGAAGUACAGCUGUACGUACCACGUAUAAACAGUUUGAUUAAACAAUGACGUUGACCUGAGACGGCCGGUUUCUUCAGGAGAAACAAUGAGUUGCAAAUUUCAGUAUGGUUGACUACUCCGCUUUAUACAUCGCUAUCCUUGAUCCCCUCCGAGUUUUUUGCCUCAUUUGGUAAAGGAACAUAAGGGGAACAAUUUCAGAAUUAUGUACCUUGCCACAAAUUUUCGUGUGAACUGUGCAUUUACCGCUUUUUGCAGUGGGAAUAUUUCGGUGGCCGGGUAUUCCGAAGUUUAGCCACAAAAUGAUUUCCAAACUGUAAUGUAACAUGAACUUGAGUGAGCCGUUUACAGUGCACUUUUAUUCCACUUUAUAACAUCAAGAUUUUUAUCCAGGCCUUCCAUUGUUUUCUUCGUCCUCCCAUGACAAGAAAACCUGUCAAACCAGGAUUUUAUAGUGCGUUAUGAAUAUAACUAUGCAAUAUGGUUGUUUUGGGUGCUUUCCAUUUACCAACAGAUUCCAGGAUGUCGAGAAUUAUGGGAUGUAAAUGAAACACAGGUUUACCGAUCAAUGAAGAUAAAUGGCGUUUAGUUAAAAGCUUUGAGCGAACUCAAAAAAAGAUUGGAACACGGUCAUGUUAAACCCUGGCUAGACACCAUUUGAAAUAGCCAGGGUCAAAUGUUUGUCGGCAAAACAUAUCACUUUACACAUGAGCCACACAUGAAUUUCAUGGGGUUGAAUCCAGGCAGUUUCGUUCUGCCUUCUUUCCCUCACCCCCUCUCCCCUUUCCCCUUUUUUUUUUCAUUUUAUUUCAGUUUACAAUGCCUGUUUACAUAACACAAUUGAACACACACCAAUAAAUUGCCUGUUUUACAGGCUUCUAUAAAUGUAGACUGGUUUUACUGGACAAUAUGUCUUGAAUGGAAAUUCCUGUUCCAAUUCUUUGAAGCUGUCUUUGAUACCAGUUUCGGGCUUUUGUGCCAAUUUUUCAGUAACUGGAACUGAUUUGCAAUCCCAGAAUGACGUUUACCAGUCCUGAAUUUUGCUUAUAGCAUUUUCCCAUGUAAAUGGAAAGUGCCCAUACUUUCCACAUUGGCUAAACCUUGUGGUGAAAUGAUGUACAGACCAAGUGAUAGUAGUACUUAUUAGACUUUUCAUGAGAGACCUGUAUCAGAGUUGUGGUUAUGCAGGUGAUAUUUUGUUCCCUCUAAUGUUGUUGAAGAGUAUGGGCAACUUAAAGGAAAACUUUUGUGGUAAACUCCUAGCUGUCUUCUCUUUUAGCCAUUCCAAAAUAUCAAUAUUUAUCUGUCAUCUUUCAGCAAAUUACAAUGUACUAACGACAAAAGAACGUGAAAUAAUAAUUUAACAACAUGUAGGAAGCUAGCAAUAUGGUUUUGAUUUACUUGGACUCACAAAGUCAUACUUUUUUUUACCUUUGUGCACACCACUGCUAACGACAUCAUCAAUACAAAGUCGUUUCAAUGCAAACUUAAAGACAAGGAUUUUGAUUACUUUAUGUAUAUUUAACACCUGAACAACAAAAACAUAAUGCAGAAAAUUAAUAUUCCUUGUUCUAUAACCCAGUUAUGUAAGACUAUUCAUUCCUUGAUCAAAUCGAUUUGUAUUGAAACAACUUGUAUCCUUGGAAAUGUCUUCAUAUCAAAUCACCAGCAAGCCCACUACGUGAAUUGUAGAGUAUUUUUGUAGGAAACUCUGUGUUCCAUGUCUAACACAUUCACCUGGUAAAGGUAUUAGUAGAUUUUGUAAUGGUGGGUCAAUUUACAUGCAUUUCAUAUAUUGUAUUUCAAAGCAACUUUUUACAUUGUAUCUCAUCUUGAAUAUUCCUGUGACGGUAUAUAAAGGAACUUGAAGCAAUAAAAGCAAGGGUUAAAGAAAUGGAAGAAGAGGCAGAAAAGUUGAAAGAAAUGCAGAAACAAGUGGAAGAAACAAUUAUGAGUCCCACAGCAGGAGCAGGUCAGCCAACAUGUAAGAAAGCAUGGAUUUUAAUUAAUCACAGCCUUUAUAGUUCAUAAAAUUGUCAUCAGAUUUUAUUAAAAAUGGAGGGAAUUGAAAGGGAAAAAGAGUUGUUCUAAUGAAAUGUUGAGUGGGCAUUCCUACUAUGAUGUGUAAUAAUUCAUGAAGUAUGCUGCUGAUUGAUUUGUUCUGACCAGUCUUUACAAUCUAAAGGUCUUAAUAGACAUAAUUAGAAGGCAGUAACCGUAGGAGGUACUGAGUGAUGUUUAAUAUUGGUGAACUUAUAAGCAACUUUUUCCUUCUCUUAGUUCCAAAAACUCUCGAAGAAAAAGGUGAAAUUGACUCAAGAUCAGUUUAUGUUGGCAAUGUAAGUUAACACUGUACAGUAAGAAGUACAUGUACCAUAUUGAUUCAGCUAUAAGCCCGAGCGAUUUUUAUGCAAAUUAAAGCUGAAGUUCAGUAAAAUUUGAGCCCAAUAGGGCGUCUUGGCUUACAGCCAAGAGUUUUUGACCAAAAAUAUUUUUCCCUGCAUUGAAACUCUACUAAAAUGGGAUGUAUUGACUUAAAAGCUGAGUAUUUAAUACAGUAGCAGCAAAAGGUCGAGUGGAUCACAUAACUAAAAAUUUGAAUGUCAAGUUAGCUAAGCACAGAAAUCAGUCCCAAAUUUUCAAAAUACAUGUGUCUGACAAAAACAGGUCUCACAACUAAAAUCUCACAUUGGUAAGCCUUUUACAACGAGGAAAGGUGUAAAGCAAAUGAAAAAUGUCAAGAAAUGUGUAAACAUUCUGCCAUAAGAAGAAUUAGGAAACAAUUAUCUUUCUAAGCGGUCCACUGAGACCCUCAUUCACUCAUUUGUCUUAAGUCACGUUGACUAUUGUAACAGCCUGCUCUGCACUGGCUGCCGGUUAAAUUCCGAUCUGACUUUACGAUAUUACUGUUAACGUAUAAGGCUAUCAAUGGCUUAGCGCCUAUUUAUGUCCAGGAACUUAUUAAUCUUAAAGAAGCAUAUAAAUACAAGUUGCGCUAUGAUUGUGAUGGACUGCUACUAAACCCUGUGAAAUUCAAGACUUCAACAAAGUUAGGAGAUCGAUCUUUUGCUGCUGCUGCUCCUCAACUAUGGAAUUCAUUGCCCUAUGUGAUUAGGAGUAGCCCCUCAGUAGCAUCUUUUAAAAUGACACUCAAGACAUUUUUAUUUCGGAAAGCUUUUUUGUGAUUUUAUGUGCUUUUUAAUCUCAUUUUUAGUAGGUUUUAUGCAGUUUUUUUACGAUUUAAGUAGUCUAGGUAACUUUUAUAAUUUUAGUACAGAAUGUUUUUCUAGAUAAGGUCACAUUUUUUUCGAAAAUGGUAAUGUUUGCAGUAGUUUAAAGUCUUGUAACAAAUAGCUCUCGGCUUAUAGCCAGGUGUUUUGGAUUUAUCUUUUGUUCUUGGUUAUGCCGAUUCUAUGAGUUAAGGGUCUGUGCUGAUAGCCAAGAUAGGCUUAUAGCCGAAUAAAUAAAGUACAUUUUAUUAUAUUUCUCCGGGUAGUUAACAUUAUGUUCUUGUAUUAUGUUCACCACAGGUAGCUUUAUGCAUUGGUAUCCCAUCACUCCCAAUGAAUGUGUUGUUGCAGAAACAUCUAUACUCUUGAUAGGGAGAAUUUUUGAUUUGAACUCACCACUCUGCUGAAAAUACAGUCCACUCUCUCUAAGACGAACAUUUUUUUUUAUUAACUGUGGACUUGAAGCUUCCCCUCCCCCCCUUCCUCCCUUGGGUUUUUCCAUUAACCCUCCAUUGGGCAAGUAUGGAUUUUUUGGGAAAACACUAUAUAGAGAUUCAGUCCUGUUUACAGCAAAUAGCAGACUCAAGUUGGCAAUUUCUCAAAUACAAAAUGAGCAGGUAAAAACAGUCUAAAACAAUUCUUAUGGAUGAAAAUAACAUGAAAAUACUUACUGUUUUUAGUAGAAGUAAAGAACAGUGUACAUGUAAGGCAAGUAAAGGUAAAACUUUGUCAUGUGGUACAAAUUCAUGUUUGCCGUUUGCUGUAAACGUGACUCUAAAUCUCUCUUAUCUAAAGCUGUGCUUAAAACAGAGAUUAUUAUAAACUCACCUAUCAGUAAAAUUCCUAAAUUUAUCUAUUUUCCCUUCAGGUGGAUUACUCAGCUACAGCUGAAGAAUUAGAACAACAUUUUCAUGGCUGUGGAUCUGUUAACAGAGUUACUAUUCUCUGUGACAAAUUCACUGGACAUCCUAAAGGGUAUCUUUUCUAAAUUCCUGUGCAUUAUUUGUGUUAAUAUUGUCACAUUUUUCAUUUUUCAAUCUACUGUUUGUAGAUUUGCAUACAUUGAAUUUGCUGACAAGGAUAGUGUUGACAAUGCAGUCAGUUUGGAUGAUUCACUGUUCAAAGGAAGGCAGAUAAAGGUACAGUUCUUUGUUUUAGAAUGACAUCAAUGGAAAUGUCACCUAAAUUAAAGUCCAUUUUGCAAAGCAAAAGAAACAGACCAUCAAGAAAAGAGGUACAGGGUAUGUGGUUGGACAGUGCUCAAGGUGAUAGUACCUUAAUUUUAGCUGUGGUACUUGAAAAGUAAUGUUAAAAGGAAAAUGAACUUCAUAUAUCGUUUCAUACAAGAAAGUACUGGUUGUAUUGUAUGUGAAUUUCAGGUUAACCCUAAGAGAACAAAUCGGCCAGGUAUCAGUACAACUGACAGAGGUGGAUCAAGAGGAAGGGGUAGGGGCCGUGGUUUUAGAGGAGGAUACUACAACCCAUAUAACCCUUAUGCAAACUAUGUGCCCAGACCACGAGGAAGGGCAAUGUUCAGGUUUGAUCAUCGUUCUUGUUUAAAGGUGUUCAUAGUAUGAUUCUUAGCACUUAUUUUUUAGCUUUCCUUGUCUCACAAGUAGCAGUCAGUCACAAUGAAGACUAGUGUUUCAGUAAAGAUCAUGACACUGUUGUCACUUGACAGUUAAGUUUUGAAAUUUGUGGUUUUUGAAAUGUGUUGUUAGGUUUGAUGUAAUACAUCACCCAGCAAAAACCAAGACGUUUUGGAGUUGGAGUUGUGAAACUCUUCAAGUGCAUGUCUCUCCUUUGAAACAUUGUGAAUUUGAUUGUUUCUGCAUUACAUUGACCUGAUCAUUUUUUUCAUCUUAAAGUUGUGCCUAAUGCCUCUGAAAAUAAAUAAUCCAAAGACUGGCGAGAGCAAACUUUAGUUAACACCUUAGAUAGAUGUUACUCCUUGUUAUUUUCCUUUGAAAUUCACUCUGAAGGCGUGACCUACCUAAUUUAGCCUUUGCUCUCUCCAGGCAUACCAAAUUUGGUGAAUUUUUGAUGAAAACAAUAAAAUGUGAGAGUGUUUAACAUACCAAAAAGUGUAAAACCUUGUUGAGUUACAUGGUAGCACAAUCUCCACCAUGCCAGUGUGAUAUUAGAGAGCUAAGGAUCUUUUUGAUGGUGUUACAUACAUCUGUAUCAGAUUCAAGCUGACAAUUUCUCAAAUAAGAAAACAAUCAGAUAAAAAUUGUCCACAAUAACUCUUAUGCAUGACGCUUUUGUGUGGACAUCUCUCUAUUUGUAUUAUUUUCUCAGUUGUAAAUGUUUUGUUUUGUAUUUCAGGGGCAGAGGACGAGCAGCAUGGUAUUCACCAUACUGAAAGCUGGUACACAAAGAAUAGCCGUUUGCUGUCAAAUUCUUUUCGCUUUUUUUUUUUUCAUAAUAUUUUGACACCUUACAUGCAUAUUUUUAACAAAAUUUAGAUAUUUUUGUCUUCACAGGUUUCUUGGCUUUUCUCAAGGGACCACAUCGUGAAGCUUCCGGGGGGCUUUGGCACUUUUCUAUGGAUUGCCUCUGAGUAGGUAUAGUCAACUGGACAAUCUUAAACUUUAUGGCCACUAUGAAGAAAAAAGAUAAGAGAAAAAAGAAGAAAAGUACUAAAAGAGAGAGAAAAGAAAAAAAGAAGAGAAAAGCAUUCUUGAAGAAAGUGAAAAGACAAAAAAACUGGAGAAAAGUUCUUGAAGAGGAAAAAAGAAAAAAAUUAAGAAAAGAGCUUGUAGAGAGAAAAAGGAAAGGAAAAAACAUUUUUCAAAUAAAGGACAAUAUUAUAUUCCAUCGUGAGCAGUUGUGGUUUUGUGACAAACGAGGAGCAAUAGGGGCU